GCGAGCGUAGAGAGGCUUUAAAAGAAAAGCACCGUCGCGAGGACGCGGGUUAGUUCUUUACGAUCGGUUAAACUAGUUAGUACCUAGUGACAUAAGUGCAAAUCGCGAGUGCGCGCAACCGUUCAUUACCACGUGUUCGACAAUGUUACGGUUAAUAGGCAUAUCGCUGUUGGUGAUUCUGAUACAGAUCCGCGGGUCGGAGAUCCUGAACGAUGCCCACAUUUACCGAUCUUUUGCAGCGAAUGAGAUCGUUCCCGAUGUGGUCGACGAAGCACCGGACUGUUGGCUACGGAUCGCAUUCAAGAGCGGCAGUGAGGUGGAAGGUGGUAAUCGAUUGACCCCGACCCAAACCAGAAGCAUUCCUUCGCUCACGUUCAAUGCCAACGAUCGGUCGUACUACACGCUCAUUAUGUCCGAUCCGGAUGCACCCAGCCGGGAUGACCCACGGGAUAAGGAAUUCCUUCACUGGGUCGUCGGUAACAUCCAAGGCAACGAUCUGGACCGUGCAGAAACCCUGGUGGAAUAUGUCGGAGCUGUGCCUCCGAAGGGUAGCGGUCUGCACCGGUUUGUGUUCCUGCUGUACGAGCACGAGAGCCGACUGAAUUUCACCUCCGAAUCGCGUCUGUCCAAUCGCUGCCGGAACCCCAGGCGAUACUUUUCAUCCAGGAACUUCGCCCAAAAGUAUGGACUUACGAACCUGUGGGCCGGAAACUUCUUCCAGGCCCAGUACGAUGACUUUGUGCCGACAAUGCAGGGACAACUGUCCGAAUGUACUGAGUACGUCAGCCGAGCUGAAUGGCCCGAGGAAUGGAACCGCGUUCGGCGGUUGAGUACUCCUUGAAGAAUAAGUUGGGUGGUAAAGUUU